UUCCCCAGAUAAACGUGUGCAUUAACCUUUCGUCGUUUUUGCUUUACGCAAAGGUGUUUCUCAGGAGCAGCAGCGCGACCCUCACCACACUUCCUACUGGGCAGCAAAGCCCGUAUCUCUAAUCUAAUCUUCGGCAACUAAGAGCACCGCGCCCGCCGUUCAAUGACACCUCCACCCGGUGAAAUCGAUAUUACCGACGUUUGUCUUUUUGUUGAUUGCUCCAACAGGACCAACCGAAACCCGCAUCUGAGUAAUUAAUCUGCCGGAUCGGCCGAGCGCAGUGCCAGCAGCGAGGAUUUGACCAGGAGGAAGCGAACAUGAAGCUCCUUCGCCAUGUCUAAGUCGGCAGUGAAGAAGCUGCACUGGCGCUCCAGGGUGCAGGACAGCUUCGUCCCCUUGCUGGGUUCGUCGGGGGAGCCGGGCAUCGCCGUCGGCGGGGGAGCCGACUAUGGGGAGUUCCCGUUCGUCACGUCGGCCCCAGGGGGCGGGAUCAGCGUGGGCGACGUCAUCCUGGAAAUCGGGGGGACGCCGGUUUUAGGGAUGACGCUAGGAGAUGUCCGCGGGGUCCUCAACUCCUGCCCCCAUCCCAUUCGCAUCAAAACAGUGUCCCCAGGCUGCACAUUGUGCAAGGAUCUCAGGUUGUACCUGAGUAAGUGCUUCACACCCGGCUCCGUGGACAGUCAGCUCCAGCAGGUCAUCCGAGAGAACCUCUACCUGCGUGCUGUCCCCUGUACGACCAGGAAGCCCCGAGAUGGAGAAAUGUCAGGGGUCGACUACAACUUCGUCUCCAUAGAAGAUUUCUUCUCCUUGGAGGAGUCGGGGGUCCUGCUGGAGAGUGGCAAGUUCAAAGGGAAUUACUAUGGCACACCUCGUCCCAUUCACGUCAGCGCCGACACCCCCCCCAUCACCUACCAGGAGCACCGCAACCUGCUCAGAAACUUCCGCACGCGCAGCAAGUCGCUCAGCAACCUGGAGAAGACGGCCGAGGACGGGGCGCACACGGAGGACGGCCCGGGGCUGUCAGGAGGCCCCGCGGGCCUCGGCGGCCGCGGCCCCGUGGCGAGCCGGCCCCCCGCGCGGCCCCGGGCCUUCAGCAGCGGCGGGGACGGCUGCGCGUCGGAGAACGGGAUCUGCGGCGGCGGCAGAGGCGGCGCGAGGGGCCGAGGCGCGGUGCACGAUCACUGGGAGCAGGCGUUCAGUGAUCCAGGGGAGCCUCAGUACGUGGAUCGCAUCCCAAAGAGGACCAGCUGGCAGAGUCCUCGAGCCUCAAGCAGGGAGACUGUCUACAAAAAUGAAUGGUUCACGGAGCAGCCUGGGGAGCUCAGGGGGUUCCCUGUGCACACGCAGCUGAUCAAGGGCUCCAGAGGUUUCGGUUUUAAUAUUGUGGGAGGCAGCAGGCCCAGGGAGUUCCUGCAGGUCUACAGCGUGACUACAAGUGGGCCCUCAGCGCUCAAUACAGCCGACAUCCUGGUGUACAUCAAUGACGUGUGUGUGUUGGGAGUGUCCCACAAAGAGGUGGUGGAAAUGCUGAAAUCGGUGCCGGUGGGCCACAGAGUGGACGUAGAGGUCCGCAGAGGUUACCCGAUGCUCUACAACCCCGACGGCUGCCCCAAGCAGCCGCCGCCAGGGCUCCUGGACCCCGUCUCGCCCCCCACCACCACCCAGCCCCAGCCCACUCACCAGCUACCCCGUCUCCCGACCCCCACUCCCCAGUCCCAGCACUUCCACUUCAACGGGCUCCACGGCGACGGGAGCUACAUGGAACCAGGGGUGGCCCUGGAUGCUAAUGGGAACGCCAUGUCUUUCGCGGUGAGGCAGCCGCCCUCGUACCGGCGCUCCAGCAUGAGCAGCACCGCCUCGCCGUCCCCGGUGCGUCCGCCCCGCUCCUUGAGGAGCUUGGCCCGGCUGCAGCCUUUCGAUCCGAACCUGGCCAGCCAGAGCGACAGCGAGGUGGUUUCAGCGAUCGGUUCGCACAGGGCCUCAAUGAUUCGUAACCAUAACAACAACUCCCUCUCCACGCCCCCUCAUCCAUUGCGUUACGGCACCUCCAAGUCGUCAGAGAGCGACCUGUCCACCUGCACCCUGUCAGGCUCCCACCUGCCGCUGCCCCACUCCCCGCGGAGGCCCUCAUCCUCCUCCGGCGCCCCCCGCGGCGCCCGCGACCGCCUCUUCGGACCCCAGGCCGCCCGUCUCAGCCCCCACCACAUGGGCUACAACGGCUUCCACGCCAGCCGCAGCCCCACUGCCAGCCCCAGCAGCCUGUCCUCCCCCGGGGUGAUGAGCGUGGGCAGCGGCGCCGGCAGCGGGGGGGAGCUAGUGCCGGUGGCCUUGGCUCAGGCCGAAGGGGACAGGGGACUGGGCUUCAGCGUGAUGGCUGCCGGCCUGGACGGCGGCGCGACCAUAGUCAGGAGAGUGUGGGACAGGAAGCAGUGCAGCUCCCUGCAGCCAGGGGACGCCAUCGUCAAAAUCAACGGGGCCGAUGUGCAGAGUCUGAGCUCUGAGCAGGUGCAGGCCGUUCUUGAGCAGCACACCAAGCAGGGAGAAGUCAUCUUGCUGGUUUACAGAGGAGCCAUCUAUCAUCCAAGCGUCUCCCCCGGGUCCUUUCGGAGACUCCCGCCUCCCCUGCUGCGCCCGCCGCCCCCGCCCGUCGCCCUCGACAACGCCCGCGUGCUCCCUGUGCCCCGGACCUCCACGAGCACCCCCCCCUCCCCGCUCCCGACGCGAUGCUCGCUGAUACAGAGCACCAGUUUCCUGGAGUCCAUCCCAGUGACCCUGACCAUGGAGCCCAAGGACUGGAUCAACACGGGCCUGGAGGACGAGGCCGAUGGCGGCGCAGUGCCCGUCCCGGGUCCGGAGAGGCGGGGGGUGGAGCGGACGCGGCCGCUCCGGGGGUUCGAGGUGGAGCUGAAGAGGAAGCCGGGAGAAGGCUUCGGCUUCGUCAUCGCCUCCCAGGACGUGGAAAACGGCAAAGCCGCCUCUCUUCUCCCUCACCGGUUUGUGACGGUGCGCCGCGGCAGCCCAGCGGCUAAGAGCGGGCAGAUCCGGCCCGGAGACCGACUGGAGGCGGUGGACGGACACUCGGUCGUGACUCUGCCUCACAGGGAACUGGCUCAGAUCCUGCGGCGUGCGGGGAAUACGCUGCGGCUCACCAUCAUUCCCCGUCCCAGCACCUAUUCUUCAGGCCUUUCAGAAACAGCUGAACAUGACCCCCACAGGAGUAGAAAAGGUCAGAGGUCACGUCCAAAGCGGGACUCCAGGUAUUACAGCGUAGACCUGGAUCGCGGACCCUCAGGAUUUGGCUUCAGUCUACGAGGAGGCAGCGAGUACAACAUGGGCCUCUAUGUCCUGGGACUGAUGGAAGGUGGACCGGCCUCACGGAGCCAAAAGAUGCAGGUGAGCGAUCAGCUGGUGGAGAUCAACGGGGACAGCACGGCAGGAAUGACCCACAGCCAGGCUGUGGAGCAGAUCCGACGGGGAGGCCACCGCAUCCACCUGGUUCUGAAGAGGGGAAACGGAUACGUGCCCGACUACGGCCGUGAGUACAGAAUCAACUCCCCCUCCCGCCGCCAUCACCCCACGGAGCAGAGUUUGGCUGCAGUAAACGCCACUGGGUGGAGGGGGCACGACUCCAAGGAGAGGAACAGAAGCCGGUCUACAAAUGGACGAGAGAACGGGAAAGAGCCGGGAAGGAGACGAAGAAGAAGACGGCGGCGGGCCUCGGUGGGAGAGGAGCACUCUGAUUUAGAAAGGCCUUUCUUUAAGCAGGAAGACAGGCCUCAGGAGGGGAGGGGAGGGAGGGGGGGGAGGAUAAGAGAGUCUCAGAGUUUACCCAGAGAUGCUUUCAGGAAUUAUGAUGACAGUGAAGAGGAAAAAGCAACAGAUAGAGGAAGAAAAAAAGAGAAGGGCAGGCGUAGAAGGAGGAAAAGCAGGAGCAAGGCGAGGAUGAGGACAGAGGGAGAACAGGAGGAUGAGCGAGAAAACAGGGAGGAGGCGCCCGCUGAUCAACAAGGCAUGGAAGAAAAGGAUGAGGAGGCGGAGGAGAAGGUGGAUGUGGAGGGAGAAGAAGUCAUCCUACCCAUUCCAAGUCCAAACAAAAAGCUUCCCGAACCCGGACAGAACGGGGGUGACGAGUGGAGCACGGCGGGAGAGAGGUCUCGCGGCGAUGAAGAGGCAGAGGGUGAGGGCGAGACGGACGACAAGGGGCAGAGCGAGCGCCGGAGGCUGCUGCCGAGCUUCUCCUUCCUCCAGGAGCAGCUGGGGGACGUUGAGUCAGAGUCUGGAGGCAGCGGCUCUGACGGCAGCGCGUCGGCUGCCAGCGUCCCGGGCCUGUCGCUGCUGGCCUCAGAGGCGCUGCCUGGCCCGUGGCUCACACCUAGCCGGCAGGGGGGGGCCCAGGGGGGGGCCCAGGGGGGGGCCGCCGGCGGGCAGGGCAGGGGGCGGGAAGGACCUGCGUCUCCUGACACUGGACAGGAAGUAAACCUCAGCUCGUCUCCUGUCGCCGCCCACGCGACAGACGCGUCCUCUACAUGAAGUCAUAUUCGUUGUGCCUUUUUACAGCUGAAGUCUGGCUGCUGGUAAAAGUCCGUAUCACGGUUCAACUAGUAAAAGACGCCAACAUGUCUGUGUUGUUGGUGAAACAAUGGCUGCUGCCCUCAUUACGUUGCCCCCCCCCCCCUCUUUUUUAUGUUUGCAGCAUCUGUAACACGUAGAUAGUUUCCAGGACAACAAGGUACACACACCUUCAUUUAACCUACUUUCUCACUCUGACUCACAUUUCUAUUUCCCUCUGGCUCCUUCAGCAAAGUGUCCUCUCCUAAGUAACCCCCGCUGUACAAAGACGUCCACUUAUACCUCACGAUGAUACUAAGCAAUAAUAAGACUGUCAGGCAUCCACACUGCACCCCAUCGGUCUUGUCUGCGAGGAAACAGUGCGACAUGUUUGUACAAGAUCCUCUUCGUCUUCGUGGACACUUGCCUUCAUUAAUAAUGCUGUUCUGUAUGAAUUGAAUAUUUGACCCUGAUAACAAAAAUUCCUUUUGACAGCCAGUAUGAAAUCUAUAUUCUGUAAAUAUUUGUAGAGAAAUAAAUGAUAGAACCUAUUGCAAGAUACAGAGCUAUAUUGUAAUACAUCAUAAAUAUAUAUAUAUAUAUAUAUAUAUAUAUAUAUACAAUCUAUAUAAAUAUAUGCAGCAUAUCUAUAUUGCAUACAACAGUUCAGAUUAUCUGUGUGUGAUGGGAAAUAUUAUGAAUCUUGGUUUUGAAGGCUCAAAGUGUAAACACAGGUUAAGAACUACGAUUUACAUGUCCUCCUCAUAAAUGAUUGUUUUGUAAUAUGCUGCUUGCGUGUGGAUUAGGAUAAUCUAUGUAGUAGCAUAAUUCAGAAGUUGACAAAAAAAGCCAAAAUAUGCGUCUGUCGUGCAUAUUUCCAGUACUGUUAAUAUUGUGUAUGUGGGAUCUGAACAAAAACCACUGUCUAGAUUCUAGAGAGUGCUGUGCCCGUCGUGCCACGUACAGUUGCCUUGGUAACAUAAACCAGUUUAUCCUAACCGCUGAUUUUUCUUACUGUGAAAACCCUUGCUCUGAGGUCUCUAAUGCAAAAGGUGGGAGGGCUGCUGAAUAAUAUCAGUCAUGCCAAAAAAAACAAAGGCCCUCACUGUAAAUCUGCAAAUAACAACGUCAUAAGCCUCUGCAGACGGAGACUGCGUUUUUGUUUUGCUCUCUUUUUCUGAUUCUGUUGCGGAGGCAAACCCGAGCCGAGCUGAACGGAUACUGUGAGAUGUUAUUUUUCUAUGAAAUUAUCUUUUUUGAAAAACUCAGGUUUUCAGAUACUUUGCCCAAGACAGACCAUCAUAGAGAAGGAGAACGCUGCAGAGUGACUUCACACCACCUCACACCACACAGUGGAUUAUUGAAAUGCUGAAACAAUCUUAUGUUGAUAUGUUUAUGGAAGUAUAUGGAAACACAGACUGUUACAGCCCAUAUUUACCCAAAUGACUCAUGCUAGAAGUAAAAUCAUUGCUUCCUCAUUUGAGCCCAUCAUAAAAACCACACAGGGCUGAAUGAGUUCUUGGUCCAUGCAGCCCAUUGAUGAGCUCAGAAACGAUAGAAGCCCACAGUGACCAAACCAUCAUCCUGUAAGACCACACAGAGCGUCUUGGUAGCCAACGUGUCAGACUGUUAUUAUAUCAUUAUUUUAUAACGUUUGCUAAUAUACUUUUUUUAGCCUUUCAUUUCCUAUGGGGGAUUGUUGUGGCUGAACUGUAAACACAUUCUAAUAAAACUGCGAAUAAACCGCUCAAACUAA